UUUUGCAAGUCAUGGUGGGCCAUUCAAUGAGGAAAGGCUGGAGAAUGCUAUGUCGGGCAAAACAGUGGAGCAUUUAAUGAAACAGGACAUGAACACUGCUCUUAGGUGGUAGUGGACUUUUUGGCAUGAAGAUAAAGUCGCAAAAUCUUCACGCGAAUGGGAAGAUGAGAACCUAAUGAAGAACAAAACUUUGCGCACAAACUGUCUCUCAAGAGUGGAAACCCCAUCUCGGAUCUUCUAUGCCUCUCAAAAAUACAGAAUCCUGUUGAAGACCCCUCCCCCUCACUCUCCUGAACCACUUUUUCAUGUUCAUGUAUCUGUCUCUGUCUUUGAGUACAAGUACAGUAGUAUUGAUCCAAGCUAGUUGGCCUUUUUUGUUUUUAUUUUUUACUUUCACCUUUUGUUCCUUUGUAAAGAAAUGCUUUACCUGAAAAAGUACUUCACAGAGGGCCUGAUUCAGUUCACCAUCCUUCUGAGUCUCAUUGGGGUGCGGGUGGACGUUGACACCUAUCUAAGCAAUCAGCUGCCCCCACUGAGAGAGAUCAUCCUGGGCCCUAGCUCAGCCUACACCCAGACCCAGUUUCACAACCUGCGCAACACGCUGGACGGCUAUGGCAUCCAUCCAAAGAGUGUGGACCUCGACCAUUUCUUCACCACAAGACGGCUGCUGAACCAGGUGCGCCAGCUGGAUCGCCUCUCUGUGCCCAGUACCGAGCUCAACACCUGGCUAGUGCACCGUGACUCUGAGACUGUGGUGUCCACCAGCAGCCAGUCCAGCCCCAGCAUCACCCUGGACAAUGGGGGCGGCCUAGAGGACAUUAACAACCCUGACGCUACCCCGGCCAUGAGGGGAGGAAGUGGAGCACCUGAAUCCACGUACAACCUGAACGCAGCGGACAGCAGCCUGGGAGCUGUGGCCCCAGAGGGCAACCAGGAGCAGGGCAGCAGGGAUGGCAAUGACGACCUCACCAAAGAGGACAUUGACUUGAUUGACAUCCUAUGGCGACAGGACAUCGACCUUGGUGCAGGGAGAGAAGUGUUCAACUACAGCAACCGUCAGAAGGAGAGUGAGGAGGAGAAGCCCAGCCCACAUGAGAACAAAGACGGGAAUGAGGAACAAGAGAGCUGGAGGAAUGGCGUAAACUUACAGGGUGCUCAGCCAGUGGAUGGGGAGACUGGAGAGAGUAUUCCUGAGCAGCUCCCGGGUCUUGGCUCACAGACUUCACUGUCUCUACAAGAAUGCUUGAGGCUGUUGGAGGCCACUUUCCCUUUUGGAGAAGAAUCUGAAUUUCCAGCACCAGUUGUCAACCCAGAAAUAGUUCCCAAUGGAGAAGUUCCCUCCACGUCUCAGGGCCUUCCUCUGGCACCACAGCUGCCCCCAGCAGAGCCACAGUUAGACCUGGAGCAGCAGUGGCAAGACAUCAUGGCCAUCAUGGAGCUACAAGCAAUGGAAGUGAACAACACUUCGCCCCACAGCAACUCCAGCAGUGACAGCGGCACAAGUGGAACGACAGAGUCAAACCCCGUGGGAAACUUUGGACUCUCGACUCGCUCAACACCGGUGAACCAGGAUGUCAGCCUUCACCAGGCCUCCCUCCCCAGCUGCAGCCAAGACUUCCCCCAGAUUUUCAAUCCCCAGUUGGACUCUACUAGCAUCACCCCGAGACCCACCAUGCUCAGAUUUUCUUCCAGCAACUCCAGCAACAUCAACUCCACGUUUGGAGCCACUAACCUGACCGGGAUCUUUCUCCCGCCCAUUAACAGUUCCAGUACCAACAUCACAUCCACGCCGAUUCUGCCCGACCCAUUCAGCAACCUGCUGGAGGAGUCCAUGCUUGAUGAGAUCAGCUUACUGGACCUCGCCAUGGAGGAGGGCUUCAGCCAGGCCCAAGCGUCCCAGUUGGAAGAAGAGCUUGACUCAGAUUCUGGUCUUUCUCUGGACUCCAGCCACAGCCCAGCCUCGCCAAGCAGCUCAGAGACCUCCUGCUCUUCGGCAGCGUCUUCGUCUUCAACGUCUGCAACCUUCUCCGAGGAGGGAGCUGUGGGGUACAGCACCGACUCCGAGGUGGCUACUGUGGAGGCGGAGGAAGGUGCAGUCGGUGGUUAUCAGCCUGGGUACAGUAAGCUCUGCCGGAUGAGCUAUCAGGACCCCUCCCAGUUCCACAGCCUCCCUCAGCUCGACAGCAUCAGCCACAAUCACACGUACAACCUGCCGCUGUCCUCUGCGUUCGCCGAGCACCCAGAGCUCCCCAUUUCAACCGGGAAGAAGACAGUCCGCGACAAACACAACAAGCUCCAGCCUCCUCAGGACUUGCUCGACAAGCACUCAAGCCGUGACGAACGUCGAGCCCGCGCCAUGAAAAUCCCCUUCUCCAACGAGAAGAUCAUCAACCUGCCCGUGGAAGAGUUCAACGAGCUCCUAGCCAAGCACCACCUGAGCGAAGGCCAGCUCGCCCUCAUUCGCGACAUCCGCAGGCGCGGCAAGAACAAGAUGGCGGCGCAGAACUGCCGCAAGCGUAAGCUGGACACCAUCAUCAACCUGGAGCAGGGCGUCCAAGACCUGAGGCGCGACAAAGCUCGCCUGCUGAAGGAGAAGAUGGAGUUCAUCCGGUCCAUCCGACAGAUGAAGCAGAAGAUGCAGAGUCUGUACCAGGAGGUGUUCACUCAGCUACGGGACGAGGAGGGCCGGCCCUAUCCUCCCAGUGAGUACUCGCUCCAGUACAGCGCCGACGGCAGCGUGCUCAUCAUGCCCCGCGGCGUGACGACCGCCGAGCAGAACCGAAAACCAGAGAAAAAACAAAAGGACAAAAAGAAGUGAGAGGCGAACACUGCUGUUUAUUCUAUCACUUUGCUAAAUCAAUAAGAAAGAUUUCUGCAGAUGCAAGAGAGAUGUCCUUUUUUCCUUUAAGAAGAUUCUGGUGAGUAGAAAAAUGGCAUUGUUGACUACUCUUCCUGCAUUAGUUUCUCCCUUUUCAAUCUGUUCCUACGAUUUUUUUUUCUUCCUGGAAACAACUUUGAAGCAGAAGUAGCUCUUCGUUUGAGUACUGAUAUUUCAUUAUUUAGACGGGGGAAAACAAAAAGCAAGGAGACGAGGGAUAUAAAAGGACACAAAAUGAGCUCUUAGAAAAAUUUAGCUGCUCUUGAUCCUUUUGCAUCAAACCACAGAGGAUGGAGAAGAUGUGUAGGGUGAAAAACGAGGGACUGGUAUCGAGAAAGUGGGAGUAAAAGAACAAUGUCACCGAGGAUGGUUGGAGUACCUAUGCACCGAAGGUUUUAAAGGACAGAUCCCCACCCUGGAGACUUUUAGUGAUUUCUGUCACUGAGGCUUAUGAGUUGCAAAUCCUCAGGCAGCGUCUAUGGUUGUGAGAGUUUAGAUACCAAAGGCUAAAGGAAGUCCAUUUUAGGAUGCCAUUAACACCUAUCCUAACCAAAGGUUGAACGGUGCACGUCACUUGAUCUGAAUACACCUUAAAUGCUCAAACACUGCACUCCAAUUCUGCCGGUUUGUGUAUUGCAAAUUCCAGUUUUUCGAGUCAGUUUGUCGGCGGCAUCUUAAGUAUAGAAAGCCCUGAAGGGGGUUGGUGUGUGGACGGAGGAUGUUGAGGAAAGAGUCAGAGAGGGAGAGUGUUCCCGGGCUGGCCACCGCUAAAAUAGGCCUGGAGGUGAAGUCCUGCAAGAGGAGCAGACGGAUGUUUUAGGGGAGGAGGCACACUGCAUUGCAAAAUGUAUCAACUUCCUUAUAAAUUAUACAUAGCACUGUAAUUUGUCUUUAAAAGGCUUGGCUAUAUGCAUUUUGCCGUGUCUGUCGCUAUUCCUUCGCUGCAGGUUUUAAAUACGGGAGCUGCGUUUAGGGAGGCUCUUAUUAACUGUUCAUAAUCUGUAGUAUAAGCAAGGUUAUAGGUCUAGCCACAUCAGCUUUAUGUAAAAGUCUACACUUUUUUUUUUUUUUUUUGUUGGUUUUAAAACUUCACAAAGCCGGUAAACAGGAGGAAUUGAGGAUACUGUGGUGAGCCAGGAGCUCCAGAGAGUACUGUAUGAUCAACUCCAGGCCGUCACAGAUCAGAGUUAUGGAUCAUUUGUUGUUUUUAUUUCCUUUUGGACGCCUCGUUUUGAGCACUAACUUAAAACCGGUCGCUCUCUGGUGUAGCGACAUCACUUUUAAGUAACUUAUUUGCCAACGUUACCCAACUGAAAGCCACUUGAGGCACUUUUUAACUGCUGUAAAGCCGAGGUGUUGGCUUAAAUAUUUUGAGUCCUAUUUAAGUUUUUUUUUGUGUUGCUAACAAGGUGAGCCAGGUCGCUAUAACAGGGUUCGUACAAGGUGCUUGAGGUGCUUGAAUUUGACGCUCAGAAAUUACUGGAAUACCUUGAAAUCAGACAUAUUUGGUCCAUGAAAAAGCGCUUGGGUAUAAUUUACAGAACAGAAUGAUAAAUUCUUUCAUUAGAUAAAUGUUUUAAACUGGGAAGACGAGAAUUAUUUUAAUUUACAUUUAUUGUCUAAUGCCAUAUGAGGGGUAUGAGAUAGGUGUGCUGACAGGCUGGUAAACACCAGUAAAAAGCUGACGCCAGGAUAUUUUGCAAGCCUCCAAAACAGUUACACUGGAGCAGUGUCAGCUGUUUGGACAGUAAAUAGGCUGCCUAAUUUGUCUGACUGUUGAUGGUGGAGCUAUGAAGGAUUUUUUUGUUUGUUGGUUGCAGGGGGGCGCUGCCUUUCCGAUCUUUGUAUGUUCUUUAUGUUUUCCUGCCAAUCACAUGCCUGAAUAUGUAUAAUAAGUUAAAUUUAGGUCCUGGUAGCAUGUGUUUACAAAUUUGCACUUUUUAUUAUUAUUUUUUUUUUUACAAAAGAUAGGUGAGAAGAAAACAAUUUUUCUUUGAAAAUAAAAAUGAGUGCUUUAAAAAGUACUUGAACGUCGUUAAAUUUGACUUGCCCUCGUCUGUACGCACCCUGUUAUAAGAGAAAAAAGGUUAUUUGAAUGCGUGAGAGUGUGUGUGUGUUAUGGCCACUUUGAUUUGAAUGCCUUUCUUUCACAAUCUCAUUCUAACUUUUUGGGAACCGACGGAAGACGUUCUCAAAGUAGAAGUGCUAUUACUUGUCUAUUUGAAUGAAGUUUUGUCAGUACGUUACAUCGCCCUCUUUAAAAAAGAAAAGACAAAAAAGAAAAAUAGGUAGCUGAGAUAGGUCGCAGCUGAGAUAGCGGUUAGAGGCUAGAAUAUUUACAAGAGGCUGAACAGAACUCGCAAAAGAUGAUGUCCAAAAAAAUUGUUUUCGAAAGGAGAAAUGUCCUCAUUCAAUGUGAUGUUCAGGCAUGAAACUGGUUAACAUUCACUUUAGUGUAACCCAGUGCGACACCGACUAUUAAGUACCGCUACUACUUAGUGCACUUUUUUUUGUCUGUCUUGUUAUGUAAAUAUUUUCAUGUUUGUGUUUGUCACGAUUUUUUGUAGUUUGUCAAAUGUCUCCAUAACAGUCUCAACCCUCUAAUUUCAGUUUGGAUGUAGUUCCCUCUGUUUUGAGAUAUUUGCCGGCAAUCAAGAAUUGUUUUUAUUGAUUAAUAAAGUGUUUUUAUUUUCA